AUGUUCGAUGAUAACGGAAAUGGCGGAAGUAGUGAAAAACCGCAACCACAACCAACAGUACCAUUGGUGGAAUAUACGAAUAAACCGAUCGACACAUCGGAUCAACGUUAUCCAUCAUAUCAGAAUGCAAGCAAACGUUUCUUGAGCCUAAUUCGAACUACAGUUGACCCAUGUACAAACUUCUACAAUUUUACAUGUCAAGCAAUGACUGACAAAGAUGAUAUGAGCUUUGAUUUGGUCCAGGAAGUCGCUUUAAGGAAAAUGCUCAAACUUUUUAACGACAAUUCCUAUAGAACAAGUCAGACUACGAAACCAAUGAAACAAUUGUUCAACUAUUUCGACAAAUGCAUUUCCACACAACCUGUCUCCGAUAACAACGCUUAUCUUCUUCAAUGGAUUACAGAAUUCAAAAAAGAGACUAAUAUGACUUUUCCAAUAAUGGAUGGUACUGCUGGAAGUGAUAUGCCAAGUAAAACUGUGCUAGCAGCUGCUAUCGGUUAUUUAGCUGGACGGCACAACAUCGGCACAUUUGUUUCGCCAUUUGUUGAUACCAACUGGGAGCAUCCAAGCAGCGGCUAUUUGCUGUUUUUCGACGAAGCUACGCUGACCGCAGACAGUACCUACUAUAAAAAACUUAAAAAUUUUAGAAGCAGGUUAACCUCAACUUUCAGACAAAUGUUUAGCACUCUUUUACCGACUGUUAGCAGUGCAACAAUCAAUGCAGAUGUAGAAGACCUGGUUAACAUGGAAUACGCACUUGCUUUGAACUAUUCCUCAAGUCAGGCACAAAAAAGAAAAUAUGCACCACAGUUUAACGUUUAUACCAAAAUUGAAGCUUCGGAUACCUAUGAUUUCUUCGACUGGAAUAUUAUGUUACAACAAAUUACCUAUUUUGCAAAUAAAAAUGUGAAAUCGAUGAUCAGUGACUCAAACUUUAAACUGAUUAUUGCAAAUCCAAAUUAUAUGUCUCAACUACGGAACAUUUUAAGUGGGGCAGUAUUCAAGCCUCGUACUAUUCAAAAUUAUCUCUAUCUUCGUCUUAUGGAACGAACAAAACGUCCAGUAAGAGGAAAGGUUCAUUAUUUGCGUACUCCAAGACCACCUAAACCAACUAACCGAGUGGGUAUUUCAAAAUCAGAUGCAACAGAUUUCGCAUCCAGCACUACUUGCUUAUACGCAACUGUCAAUAAUUUCCAGUAUGCCAAUGCAAGGCUGUUUGUGAACAGUCAGUAUCCAACAAAAGAAAGUCGGGAUCAAAUACGUGACGAUGUUGGUCGUAUGGCAAACAACAUUAUUACCUCGUUUAGAGGUAUGAUCGACCAACUAAACUGGAUGGACAGCAACUCAAAAUUGGGAGCUUAUGACAAAAUGGACAAUUUGGUUAGGAACAUUGCUUACCCAGACUUUGUUCUUGAUGACCAACAGCUAACCCAGUACUAUUCUGCUCUUUCUAUAGACGAAGCUGACACCUUACAGCAAAUAGAGCGAAAGCUGUUUGAAUUUGAGAUGGGAAGAAUGAUGAACAUGCUGAACGAUACAGCGGCAAAACGAGAUGAUUUUAACGGGCCACCAGGAUUGGUGAAUGCGUGGUAUCAGCCUGAACUAAAUUCAAUCACUUUUCCUGCUGCAAUUCUCAAUCAGCCGUUUUAUGACUCAAACUGGCCAACAUCUGUAAACUACGGAGCACUUGGGGUAGUUGCCGGACAUGAGCUAACGCAUGGUUUUGACGACGAGGGAGUGCAGUGGGAUGGAACUGGUAGACUGCAUCAAUGGAUGAGUGACACUUCACUUCAAAGUUUCACGAAAAUGGCGAAUUGUGUGGUUAAUGAAUACAGUGCUUUUGUGCCACCAAAUUUAGGCGGUUUAGCUGUUGACGGUGUUCAAACACAAGGCGAAAAUAUUGCUGAUAAUGGAGGAAUUCAAGCAGCUUAUCGUGCUUAUAAAAGCUAUAUCAACUUAAAUGGACAAGACCCAUCUUUUAAUGAUCCACUUCUGUCUCAGUUGACACAAGAUCAGCUGUUCUUUAUGGGCUUUACGCAAGUUUGGUGCGAUCAACCCAGCUUUACAUUUGGAACCGAAGCACAACUGCUGGUUGACCCACAUAGUCCAUCGUUUUACCGAGUUUUUGGUACUAUUAAGAACUUCCCUGGAUUUAAGAAUGCUUUUAAUUGUCCAACAGAUUCAAAGUACGCUCCAAAAGAUCACUGCGAUGUUUGGGUAUCACCUAUUGAUAGCUUUAACGGUAUUCCGGCACAAUCUGAUACUUAUUCGGAAGUUAAUGUCAAUUCAGCUCCACUGUUACCGCGUACAGAUCCUAAUUAUGCAUCAUACCUGGAAGCAGCAUCUAUGCUUAAGUAUUCAAUGAAUUUUAGUGCAGAUCCAUGUACUGACUUUUAUCAAUACGCAUGUGGCAACUAUAAAAAAAGUCUCAGUUUUACAAUUUUACGUAACAACAAUUAUCGGCAUACGGCCGAACAGAUGGAAAAACCAGAGUACGAUAAUUCACAAAGCAAAGCCUUGAAAGCCACAAUAGCAUUUUACAAAAAAUGCUUAGAAGCUCGUUCAAAUUAUACUGCAGCUAAACAAGACGGUGCAGCUAUUAAAACUUUGAUGGAUGAAUUUUCCAAGUUUACAAAUCUCGAAUUUCCAAUUUUUAAGAGUGGUUUACAGCAGAAUUUGAAACCAGACGUUCUCGGUAAAGCAGUAGGUUAUCUUACUGCACGAGGUGUCGACACCCUUAUAUCAUUGAUGGUCGAUACAGACUGGAAAAAACCAACAAAUCAAAUAUUUUACAUUGACCAAAAUGUUCUGUAUUAUGACAAAUCCUAUUAUGAGCCAAGUGCUUGGGAAUCGACUGUACGAGAACCCUACAGAAGUAACACGUUAACGUUACUCAAGAAUUAUGCUGCUCUUCGAAAGGUUUCGGUAGACGAGAAACAGCUACAAGACUGUGUUGAAAAGUUGCUCGACUUUGAAUACAGCCUCGCUCGCAACUAUAGUACGAGCGAAACAAUACGCCGACAAUAUGAGCGACAGUAUGUUAACGGAUUUAAGGAUAACAGUGGCAGUAUUGCAUUUAUCAACUUUGACAACUACUUCGAAGGACUUUCGUUGAAUGACGCAAGCUUGAGCUCGCUUUUUAAUGAAAAACGAGAAUUUGCAAGAAUUACGGAAUUAGAGAUGAUUAAAAAAUUAAGCAAGAAUUUUGAUACCACGUUUAAACCUGAAGUCGUCAUCAACUAUUUAUUUUAUCGUCUUUUGGCUGAAUAUCAAGAUUUUCUACCGGUAGCAUCAUCUGUUUCCCAAACUGUUUCUCACACCGACGUAGAGCUGCCUCGCUUUGGCCGAUCCAAAAAUCGUAGAUUACCGUUGCCACGAGAUGUAAGUCAACAGGUUACUCUCCAAGUUCAGGAACAAUGUGCUCAUGAAACUCAAAAUCUUAUGCAGUAUGCCAAUGCACGAUUUUAUGCAGAUUACACAUAUCCAGACGAAGCUGCUCGAUCAGCACUAAAUAAAAGCAUUUCUGGCAUGAUCUCAAACAUUCUCAGCGCAUUUGAUGGAAUGAUGAGGCAAACACUUGGAAAUGAUACUGCUUCAAUAGCAGGAGCUGCUAAUAAAAUUACCGGUUUAUACCAAAAUGUUGCUUUUCCACCAUUUAUCUUUGACUUGAAAGAAUUAGACAAGUACUACGAUGGAAUGAAUGUAGAUAGUAGCUCAACCUAUUUUCAAAUAAAGCUAGAUCUUCUUCAAUUCAACUAUAAGAAAAAUAUCCAAGGAAUGAAAGAUCCGGUGGAUCGGCAUGAUUUUCUCGGUGCUCCAGCUACAGCAAAUGCGUGGUAUUCGCCUGAGCUAAAUUCAAUAACAUUCCCAGCCGGUGUUCUUAUGCCACCUUUCUUUGAUCCAAAUUGGCCAACGUCACUGAAUUAUGGUGGCUUGGGUGUUGUAGCAGGUCACGAACUAUCUCAUGCAUUUGACGAUCAAGGUGUACAGUGGAGUGGGGAUGGCACAUUAAGUGAUUGGAUGAAAAAUCAAUCAAAAACAGUGUUUAACGAAGCUGCAAAUUGCAUUAUCAAUGAAUACCACAACUUCUGUCCUCUAAAGGGUACCGGAAUGCAACCGGAAUGCUUAAAUGGAGAGAAUACACAAGGGGAGAACAUUGCUGACAAUGGAGGAAUUCAUGCUAGUUGGAACAGCUAUAAAAAUCUUGUUGCUUUGCUGGGCGAAGAACCUCGACUGCCUGACAAGGCAAUGGGUCAACUUACACACGAUCAGUUGUUCUUCUUGGGUUUUGCUCAAGUAUGGUGUCAACCAGAACCGUCUAACGCAGCGAUCUAUCGGCAAAUUAUGAUCGAUCCUCACAGUCCAUCAAAAUAUCGAGUUCUGGGAACAGUACAGAAUUUCCCAGCUUUUCGUAAUGCAUUCAACUGUCCAAAACAAUCAAAUGAUCACUGUUAUGUAUGGGUUCCAAAAACGUUAUAA